AUGUCCCCAAAGCCAUCUCCUCUCCAGACGCGACGUCAACAGAAUUCUCCUCAGGAGGAUGCCUAUUCCGCACUUACUGGGGGCGAGCCGCCAUCGUCCGAGACAUACGACACCACGUCAAAUGUGCGCAGCUUCCAGGAUGAUGCUCCGGCUCGUACUACCUCAACCUCGUCCGUACCACAAAUUAUCGAACCCUCAGCCCUGGAAGACGAUCAAGGCGGCCAGAGACAAUAUCCGCAGAGGACUACUUCAUCUCAGCAGGGAGUUCCAGACGAGCCACCGGCACGGUCGUCAAAGCGUCCGGGCAUGGUUCGCUCACCACAAUCCAGCUCAGGGUCUCUCACCUUGCAACAGCAGCAGCAGCAGCAGCAGCACCAACAAUCACAACAGCAGCCGAAACAGCAGCAGCAGCAUGGUAACAACCCGAACAACAGCCUCAAUGACAUGGCGCACAAUCCAUCCCCUCUGCCGGGCGGCGGCGCCACCAGAACUGACAGCCUCACGUUUAUUCCAACGCUGGCAGCAGAUGAUCGAAAAGCCGACAGGAAGUCAAAGAAGGACAAGGACGACGAAAGCAGCAGCGGAUCCACCUCGAAGUCCUGGUCCAAGUGGCUCAAGGGGAGCGGCGACGACAAGGAGAAAAAGAAGAGGGACGAGGAAAAGAAGAAAAGCAAAACCUUUGUCGAGAAGGCUCAGGACAACGUGCGACUGGACGUUUUGCAAAACUCUAUUGAAAGUGCGGUUACCAAGGGUCGCGAGAGCCUGCUGCUUGAUCGGGACAAUGUUGACAGCAAGUUAGCCGAAGAAAGAAAAAAGGAAAGCAGUCGAAAGUCAGAUCCGGCGAAGAAGGAGAAAGAGGGCGGUGGGUUGUUCUCAGGUCUCUUUGGCGGCGGCAAGAAGAAGGGCGAGAAGGAGUCCAGCAGCAAAAAGGGCCAUCACCUACGCGUCUCCGAAGACCCGAUCUAUCGCCCGCUCCGACCCGACGUCGACUACCACUGGACCCGAUUCCCGUUGCUGGAAGAAAGGGCGAUUUACCGCAUGGCGCACAUCAAGCUGGCCAACCCGCGCCGCUCGCUAUCCAGCCAGGUCCUGCUCAGCAACUUCAUGUAUAACUACCUCGCCAUCGUCCAGGCCAUGCACCCGCAGGCGCAGGUUCCUCAGUCGCCGCAGCAAAGACGCCUUGAAGAAGAGCGCCGUCGCAAAGAGCAGGAGGAGCAGUACCUCGCCCAGCAGCAGUUGCAACAACAGCAACAAGAGGAGUCGGAUCAAGACGCCCUCGACCAGUACAACUUUGACUACCACCGGGGUGCCUCUCAGUACGGCGACAGUAACUCGCAUGAUGGUGUAGAUUAUGUGGAUGACGCGCAAAUUUACGAGUACGAACAUGGCGGCGGCGGCGGUCAAAAGCAAGGUCAAGGCAACGACAACAGCUACGGCGAUGAGUACGGUGGAACGCACGGCAAGGAGUACUAUGACCAGUACGACCAAGGCAGCGGUGCGAACGGUGACGGCCGAGGGCGACACAGUGACGGUCGAGACGACAUGUGGUGA